AUGCCACGACCGCCACUCGCCGAGAAUAGGUCCAUGGCCAUUCUCAAUAAAGCCAAGGCCGAGGGAUAUGCCGUGCCCGGCAUGUGCUGCUACAACAUCGAGUCCAUCAUCGCGACUGUGAGGGCCGCCGAAGCCGCUCGCUCACCGGCCAUGGUGCUGCUGUUCCCCUGGGCCAUACAAUAUGCAGGCGAUUCGCUGGUCAAGGCGGCAGCCGACGCAGCACAUUCUGCCAGUGUGCCAGUCUCGCUGCACCUGGACCACUGCCAGACCCCCGAGCUCGUGCGGCGGGCGGCAGACAUACCAGAUGGCUUUGACAGCAUCAUGUGCGACAUGAGCCACUACGAGAAGGAGGAGAACCUGCGGUUAACUGCGGAGCUGGUCAAGUACUGCCAUGAGCGCGGCAUAGCCGCCGAGGCCGAGCCGGGACGCAUCGAGGGAGGAGAGGACGGUGUCGCCGAGACUGCGGAUUUGGAGGGUCUUUUGACCACGCCCGAGGAGGCCGAGGAGUUUGUCGCCACGGGCAUCGACAUGCUGGCGCCGGCGUUUGGGAACGUCCAUGGAGAGUAUGGGCCGCGGGGCAUCCAGCUGGAGUAUGAUCGCCUGCAGAAAAUCAAUGAAAGGGUUGGUGAACGGGUUAGGCUGGUGUUGCACGGCGCGGACCCGUUUGAUGAGACUAUCUUUAGAAAGUGCAUGGCCGGCGGCGUGACCAAGGUCAACAUCAACAAGGGCAUGAAUAACCACUAUGCGCGGGUCCAGGAGGAGAUGCGCGGCAAGCCGCUUACUAGUGUCAUUGAGGCGGGCACCAAUGCCAUGCAGAAGGCUAUUGAGCAGUAUAUGCACUGGUUGGGGAGUGCGGGCAAGGCAUGA